AUGGCUCCAGAUAAAGGAGCAUCGUCAAACAGCAGAGUGGAUGUCCUAAUCCCCUCUGAUACUGGCGGCGUCGCAGAGCUAGCUGUCGAGGGCACAAUGAAAGAUAAAACAAGUCGAAUAACCAAUGUCAGUGGAAGCGCACCUCUGGCUCUUACUGAGUCUCUUGAUUCAACACCGGAAGGUGAACAAUAUUCAGUGAUUGUGAAGAGAAAAGCUAUAGAAUCAAGAUCUGCUGCUUGGCCGCAUUAUGAUAAGCUCAUACAAGAUGGAAUUAACAAAGCAAAGUGCAAGCAUGGUGGUAAAGUUCUCUUAGCUGAUUCAAUUAAAAAUGGAACAAGUGGACUAAAUAAACAUUUGAAAACUUUUCCUAAAAAUCCAAAUAAGGUUAACACUUUCAAUUCCAAGUACAAACAAUCAAAUUUAAACUUUCCAUUAGAAGGUGAAAUGCGUGAUGGGGCAAUUUGGACUUUUGAUCAAGAGGUAUCUCGAAGGGAUUUAGUUGAGAUGUUAAUCCUUGAUGAGCUUCCUUUUCGUUUUGUUGAAAAGGAAGGUUUUAAGAAGUUUUAA